ACGAGAAGAUUUCAGCUAUUUCCUCAACCUAAGAUGUGCCUGUAACAGCAGUUAAACCAGCAAAAAUUGCCAAUCAAGACUGUUUUCCUCAACAAUUCCUUGGGCACUGUCCGGCCUUUUGGCAAAUACUUCACUUUCGGUCAGUGAAGGAAAACUCGUCUUCACUGUUUCUUGGAGCUGUAGUAUGAUUCGCCAGGCAGAUUGCUAAAAUAACUUUGUUUGCUCUUUCUUGCAACUGGCCGGGGGGGAAAACCCCAAAUUACAUGAUAGUUCAUUGUCGAAUGAUCCUGGUGCUCGGAUCCCUGUAUCCGAGCUGAUUAUUCUGCAUUUUUGUAUAUUUAUUUAAAAAAAAAUGAAGGUUGCAGUGUUGGACUUGGGAACCAUAUUUGCAAAGAUCUUCACGGCCUCUGGUUCUCCUGUGGUACAUCCAGCUGGUUCUUCAAGCAGCGGGUCCCCAGCCUCUCCGCGUGGUCCAUUGCUCUCGGUGUCUUCAUCUAAAGCAACACUCUUCACGUCUUCCCUGUUCAAUGCCUCAGGGAAAGCCUCAGUGCUGGCUGGGGCGGCCUCUGGUCCCGAGUACUCAGCCGUGUUGAAAGUGUGCAGCGCCUCUCCGCUUCCCUCGGCCAGUGGGGCGAGAGCGGCCGGGCUGAGCAGUGGGGCUGCAAACCAGACGCCGCUACGGCCGCCGCCGCCGCCGCCGCCGAGCUCCAGCUCCAGCUCCAGCCCGGUCGGACCAGGCGCUGCGAAACCCGCGCAAGCUCACAGUGGCGGAGGCGGCAGCGGCAGCAUCGGCAUCGGCAUCGGCAUCGGCAUCGGCAUCGGCAUCGGCAGCAGCGCUGCGAUGGGCAGCGCGGGAAGGUCUUCCGGACACGUCGCGGACAAUAUUAGCUGGAACCCGCCCAACAAACAGUAUCCCUUCGCUUUACCCGACAUCGGCGAAGAGUGGCUCACGGACACCGAGUCAGUGGAAGGUAGCAACGAAAAGAAAGGUUUGUCAAAAGGAAACAGUGACUAUCUUCCUGAGAAAACAAGUGAUUCUCUUCCAACUAAUUUCACAAAACAUGUCCAAGGAGCAAUUCAUAGUUACAACAGUAGUGAAUCCAUUGCAUCAGAAUCGUCUGCUGGCCAUAGUCCUCCAACAGACCUUAACAAUUCCUGGUUUGGAAUUCAAAGCUAUACGACAAGCCUGUCCACUGAAUGUAGUUCAGUGUACUCCUGGAGAGAUGAUGAAUUUGACAAAGCAAACACGCAGACAGUGCAUCAACUUUUCUGGGAAAUCGAUGAGAUGCUGUUUGAGGGAAAGGUGAGCAGUUGUACUGAAAGCAUUCAAACUGAGUGUCGAGAAUGGACAGAACGUUCGCCCCAGCUUAGGAUAUUGGGAACCCAACUCUUGCUGCCAAAAGAUGAAGGUUUCCAGCAUUUCCAGAGCAGAGGAAACAGCUCCAUGGUAACUAGGACGUUACCUAGUUCCUGUGAAAGCACCAGCGAUGUGAAAGAGCUUAGCCUCUCAGGAGUACGUCUGCUUCCUACGCACUCUCCCUUCAACAGCUCAAACUCCACAAUGAGUUCCCUUGACUCGGAUUGCUCUGUUUUCUCAUUCCUAGAAGAGGAGAUUUAUGAUGUGGAUGGUAAAAUUGAGGAGUAUUUUGCAUACGACAGUAAAGAAUGUAUUAGCGAAGAUGAGAGUUUAGAACAAAAGAAAGAUCAAGUUGCUCUGAGGAGAAAUAAACGGGGCAUUCCUCCCAUUUCUCCCAAUGCCUGCAUUAAAGAUGCUGUAUCUGCAGAGAUAUUUAAUGAUAUCUGGCGAGAUGUGAUUGAUGUAUUGGAAGAGCUGAUCAGGAAACACUGGCAAAACAACAUUUCAGGUGAGACAAAGCAAGCAGCAACCAUGCAGAGUUCAAUAAUGAGUAAACUGCCUCACAUCAACGACUCGCGGUUCAUUCUAACAAACUAUAGCGUUCCACCAUCAAGAGGUUCUGAGGCACGAUUCUUGGCACUAGGUACCUCCUCCUUCCAUUCUCAGGCUCAUCGUAUGGCAAACUCUUCUCGUAAUAAUUUAAAUGGUGUGAUGACGAUUCAAGCCAAGCCGCUUCAACAGAGACACGUGGGAUUUACUGAAAAAGCACAAUGUGACCAAGAUGACAAACAGUUAAGUACGGGCUCUGGUGUUUUGUCUACUGCAAGAAAUCGUGUGGGACGGACUGCGGAACACAGUGUUCUUUCAGCAUCCCGCAUCAUUCAGGCAUCUGCAAGAAAGACGGCGACACAACGAAAGCUGCCAUCACUUGGUUCAGAACUGCUAAAAUUGAAAGCCGCCAAUGUCUACAGUGAUGAGAUUCUUCGGGGAACUAAAUUUACAAAUGCUUCUGCAACUUACAAGAGCUCUCAACAUGUUGAAGUAAUUGCAAAAGCCCACAGUGCUGCAAGGCAUCAGGCAUAUCAGCCCUUCACACUAAAGAGACAUUCUGGAUUAGAUCAACUCUCUUCUCCUUCAGCACAAACAACUCGUCAUAACCAAUUACCACCUAUUAAUUCAGAUUCGGCAGAAAUGCACUUUCCCAUGCCUAUAUCAAGACAACAACUGAGAGGAAGAUUCCCACAUAGCCGAGUGUCAAGUGCAGUUGGAGAAGGCUCAGGCCGUCGGCCUCUCAGGGAGAGACCAAUUGCUUUGGACACAUCUUCAAGGCCAAAUACAACGCACACAUUUCGGUCUGAUACGCCUUUCAAGAGGUCGUUUACACCUAUGGACUAUGCCAGCCAAGCACGAUUAGGGCGGGCUUCCUUUACAGACCGUGCUGGUAUUGGUGUGACUGGCAUCAGCUUAGGAAUUUCUGCCUCUAGUUCCAAUUAUCACACUGAUUUCGUACAUCAUCAUCACCACCUGUCAAACCAGCCGCCCGCAGAAGGAGAUGAGGAAGAAUAUCGAACAAUGUGGGGACCACAAGUACAUCUCCAGUCCAAAACCUUCAACCGAUUUCCAACAAAUUCAAAAAAGCGAUCACAGGUGGUUUCGUAGGUACAGUAAGUCCACUGACUGGAGAAAUGAGACUACAGAGGUGACAAAGACAAUGUGAGGGCACAGACAACACUCGGAAGACACCCGACUUAAAGAAAACAAGAUGAAAAUCCAAAGAGUUUGAAGUGAAAAGACUUGCUUCAAUGAUCCUCAAUGGUUUCAAACAAUUAAUGAUACACUAAUGAGUAUUAGUUGUCUUCCUAUUAAUUAAUAUCCUAUUAACUAUUAUAAAAUAUUAAUUAAUAUUUUAAGCAAACUAUGCAACCAAAGCAUUUUUUUUACAGGAACUCUCCAGGUAAUUUUUCAGGACUUUAGGUAAUUCACUCUGGGAUUGUAGCAUUUGCAGAUAUCCUAUUGGAAAACCUGACUCCAUAGGUAGAGACAGACAGGAUUGGUGUUGGGGUAGCGUGUGGGGUUGGUCUGUUACACCCGGGCAACUGCCUGAGCUUGCACAUACUGAGCGGCAGGAAACUCAAUCCUCUGACAUGAGAAGCUAGCUCCACACUGCCUUACAUCUUUAUUCUGUGACCCUUUCAUUGGUUCUAAUAUACUGUUAAUACCUCAAUAGGUAACCUACAGAAAGGCAACUAGUUAGUACAUCAUGUGUUAACUAAAACAGAAUAGUUAUUGUUGAAACUUUAUGCUUAUUGAAUGCAAUGUGAGCAAGCUAAAAGGAAAUAUUUAGUUUGUAGUUAAGCUACAGAAAUGCAUUUUUUCCCUUUUUUGACGAAUACAACAUGUUGUAGAUUAUCAGUAUGCAAAGACAAAUUUAUGGCAUGCAUUUGCCAUUUUUCUCAAAUUUCACUGAGGCUACAUGAGUUUUAUUUUAUUUAUAUUAUUUAUAAAUGAAAAAUAUGUUUCUAAGGUAUUUUAAUAAUGUCUUGCACAUUUCAUUCCCAAAUGUAUUUAAUAUUACGUAAUCUAUUUAUUGUAUAUUGUAUUCAAAUACUCUAUGCAAUGACAACAACGGAGCUCGUAAACACUGGAAGCCAAUAACCUUUCCCUGUAAUUUGUUCAAAUUUUAUCAUGUUGUGAUUGAAUGGUGGAUUCAAAUUUUAAAUUGAUCACUCAAUCCUAAUUCAUUAGGCCAAAUCUUACUGAAGAAGGGCAUCUUGCUCAAAGUGCUUUCAAUUAGGAAUCAUAUUUUCCUAUGGUGAAGAUAAAUGGACAAUUGUUAUUCUAUGUUCGUUCUUCUGGGUGAGAUGCUAACUGCGUUUCGUUGUCUCUGUACUGUACACUGCACAAUGACAAUAAAGAUUGCACCUGAAUCUGAAUCUGACAAUUAAUGGGCGAGCUAGCUUAAAAAAGAGAAAUGCCAAGGAUGAGAUGCUAUUUGUACAAAGUAACAUAAAUCAAUCAUCGAGCAUUGGGAAUGUGCAACAGCAUAUUUUCAAUUUUCACAACAGGUUGGCUGAUUUGUGUACUAAUAUCUGCAUCAGUUUGUUUUAUUCUUGUUCAACUUUGUUUAAUUUUCCAGAAAGAUUUGGCCCAUGAUUUAAAAAAGAGAUGGUGAAGUGAGGAUCAACUGUUUUUUGUAAUUGGUCGAGACAAGUUUUGAUUGUGUUUUGAAGCAUUAAUUUGCCAAAUUUAGUUUGGAACUGUGCGCGUGUAGAUACAGUGAUUUUAAAAUGUACAGUUUGUGAUAUUGGCAGAUGAAUAUUUAAUUCAUUUGUAUGAUAUUCCUCUGCUACUUAUUUUAGUUGAGUAUUUCCAUUGCCUCUGUUGAAGCAGAACACCUUUCACAGAAAUUACAGUAUGUGUUUUUAAGUGUCUUUACCAUCAUUGUAAACUCUGACCACCAUUGUAAUCUCUGACUAAUACUGUUUGGGUUUUAUGGCGAGUCAUAAAAUAUGUUUUUAUAGAUACAAAAUAAUUUUGUUAUUUCAGAAAUCUUUCUUUGAUUCCUUGUGUAAAUAAACAAUGUUUCAUGAUCCAAUAAGAACUAGCUUCUG